AUGUCAGCAUACAUCCGUCCUUCUCUGAAGGCCGUCGGUGUUGCAGCGGCAGGCGCCACCGCGGGCUAUACAGCAUGUCAUUACUGGAACACGACCUUCUUCCAAUUUAACACAGUUCACGCCGAAUCCCCUCCGUCAGAUGCCAAGGCAGCACUGAAGAAGAUGAACUGGAAGGGCUUCACAGAGCUCAAGCUCGAAAAGGCUGAAAUGGUCAAUCACAAUGUCAAAAAACUGACUUUUGCUCUACCUGACGAUUCCUCAAUCACCGGCAUUCCCCCAGUCACGUCUCUCUUGACCAGACAUACGCCUGAAGGCGCCUGGAUUCCGGUCUUCAGGCCAUACACACCUGUCAGCGCGAACGACCAAGCCGGAUAUGUGACAUUCAUGAUCAAGAAGUAUCCGAACGGCAAGGGGUCCGGCAAAAUGCACUCUUUGAAACCUGGUGACUCAAUGUUGUUCAAGCCACUCCACGAAUUCGACUACAAGCCAAACCAGUACUCCGCCAUGACCUUCAUUGCCGGCGGAUCGGGUAUCACACCGAUCUAUCAGCUCACCCAGGCCAUCCUUAACAACCCCGAGGACAAGACCAAGAUUGCCUUGGUUUAUGCGAACAACACCGAGGAGGAUAUUUUGCUAAAACACGAAUUCGACCAGUUGGCGCAGCAAUUCCCCGACCGUUUCACCAGGACCUACACCAUCAGCAAGGCCACACCCCAAAACGAAGGUCUCUACCACCAGGGCUACGUUGACAAGACCAUGCUGACCCAGGUGAUGCCCCACAAGAUGAAUGAACGGAAUGUCAAGGUUCUCGUUAGUGGACCCCCUGCCAUGAUUGAGGCUGUGGCAGGCGCCAAAGGCGGCUUCGGAUGGACACAGGGCAGUCUUGGUGGGAUCCUCGGAGAGCUAGGAUAUACCAAGGAAGAAGUGCACAAGUUUUAG